AUGUCUGCAUUUGAUUUGUUGGAUGACGAGGAAUUGAUCAAUCUACACAAUUUUAAAAAGAAUAAGCAAACAAAAAACAAGAAAAAAUCAACUCCUAUUGCAAAGCUUAAACCUCAAGAAACUGAGUUUACAAAAAUACAUUUGACGGAAGUAUGGCAUGUGAUUUUGCAAUAUUUAGAUUUGAAAUCAUUGUACACUUCUAUUCUACUAGUUGAUAAGAAAGUGUAUGAAAUUGUGAAUACCAUUGAAUUUCAGAGAUUUAUUCUGAGUCGUGAUUUUGUUGAUAUAUUUUCUGGAGAGAAUGAAACAGAUCAUGCUGCUCUCUAUAAAAAUAUGCGUUUUCAAGGAAGUCUUGAAAGAAUACUGGAAAGUAACGAUCCAACAAAUAUUUUCAAAUUUCGAACAGCCAUUAAUAAUGAUAAUAAUAAUAGGAAGAAGAAAAAAAAGGCAACUGAUGAAUUGUUGCCUUCGAUAGUGGACUCACAACAAGUAUUCGAAAACUUGUAUAUGGAGUUUUUGAAUAAGAGAACUAAAUUCAUCAAUAGAAAUAUGAAAUUGAGGACUUUAAUCAGAGGAAAAGCUUAUAUUGGAACAAGAAGUGAGAUUGAAUUUGAUGCGUACAAGAGAGGGAAAAUGAAACUAUUCAAAGCAGCUGUGAAUGCAUCGGAACAAGAACCACGGAUUGUUCUAUUGGAAGGUGAGAAUAUCAUGACUAGUAAACAUAAACUGUGUGAUCGUUUGAAGAAGGUUGGCUACUCGGUUCAAUUGAUGACUCCUCAUAAUAAUACACUAUUUUCUAGGGAGUUACUUCAUAAUACUGUUGAUGCUGAGGAGUUGUUUUCCACCUCGAUUGUUCAUCACUUUUUGAUGAAUUAUUUUGGACAAUUGAACAAGUUUUUGGAAAAGCCUGAAACUUACUUUGAAAAGAUUAAGAAUGGUGUUGUAUUUGUUGAUAUUUCACCAAUUUAUCCAUUAAUUUAUGAUCCAAAUAUUGAGAGUGAAGUUAAAAAUCCAAAUAAUAAGGUUGGUUCACUCUUCCAUCAUACUCUUCAAGUCAUGAAGGAAAAGAAAGUUCUAGUAAUGCAAUUGAGUGCUGAUAGACACGAGAGUGCCUAUCGAUUGGGAAAUCACAAGCAUUUCUAUACUGAAGAUUGGACAGAUUACAAAACCCAACAAAUUGAAUUUGAUCCAACUAAUAUUCAUGCAAAGAAUAGAAUGGUGGAACCUCUUUCUUCCUCACAAUAUAAUGGAAAAUUCCACUAUUUCAAUGGAAAGUACAUGAAGAAUGAAUUUGAAAUUGUUGAUUAUUCCUAUAAUAAGUUCCCAGAAUUGGCUGAAACUUUCUACAAACCAAACAAUAUUGAAUAUAGACCUCUAGAUACCACCGAUACUCAACAAGCUUGCUGUCUCUUGUUAGAAAAUGAAUUAGGUAUCAAAUUCAAACUUCCAUUCACCAUCCCACCAACCAAAUCCAAUUAA